AUGGCCAUGGUAAGGGACUGGAGCAAUGUAUUCCCCAGCUGGAAAAACUCCCAUUUAGUGCAUAUCCCAUCGCAUGAUCCCCAGCCUGAGGAGCAACCCGUCCCAAUCACCACCCACGAGCAGCUGGUCGCGGAGAUCAAGGCGCGGGCGGCAGCGGAUGAGCAGGAGGCAGCCGCCCAGGUUGUCCAGGCCGGGGAGCUCCAGGAUGCCAAUCCAUGGCUGCGCAUGACCCGCUGGGCCCGGUAUUUAGCUGAUGUGCAUAUUCCGGACCUGCUCGCGGUGGUGGCCACUCCCGAUCCCGAGCUGGAGGACCCUCCAGCACAUGGUAAAGCAGUGUGGGAAUGGGAUCCGAAUGGCCGCCAUACGCACCAUGCCGCACUAGACCCCGUACCAGCCAUUGCGGGCGUAUAUGGACGAGAAGAGUAUCCAAGACCAUGUCUGGUUAUGGUAGCAGAUUUUACUGUUUAUCAUCCACACGCAGACAGACUGGCCGUGGAAGCAGCAGCCGCGCAGAAAACAUGGCAGCAGUUAUGGCAGAUGGCCAUGCAGGAAUCCCGGCGCAGUCCCGACCCCAUGGAGGUUGAGGAUCAGCCCCCCGCAGUCCAGCCAUUUAUUAUGACUGUAAUCGAGACCGCAUGCUUGGAGUUUUGUAUUGAGUUGCUAAACCAGAAGAUCAAGGUCCACGAGUACGAGAGCCUGUUAAUCUGCGCCAUGGCCAUGUUAGGUUGGGGGGAGGUGACCUGGCGGGGCCCUGAGAGUUACCCGCCCAUCAUUUCCCGGGUGUUGAAAGUGGCGCGCUUCAUGCUUGUGCAGAAAGCAUUAUGGCUGGAUCCGCAGUAUAUGGAGAUUAUCCGCAUGUGGGCCGCGGCCGCAGAGCAAGGGUCAUGGAUGGGGGAUGCUGUAGAUGAAGAGUUAGGGUUCAUCAUCGAUGAAGGCCUGCUCAGCCCGCCCACGGCCCUCAUCUACUGGAUUCCCCGAACCCAGGGAAUGCCAUUCCAAGCUGGAGUGGACUGGAUGGUCCAGCAAUUCAUGGUCCGUGGCCAGCACGGGCCCGUGGAGGUGUUGCUGGAUUGGCGGACCUUCAGGCUGAAGAUUCAUUACAACACCACCGCCCCCGGGCAUGUGACCUGGAUGGGACAGGAGUGGUUGUUAUAUAAGGAGAUGAGUUUCACCAUGGGCGAGUUCUAGGGGUUCGUGCAUGGCUUGGUCAGGGCCGCGCGGGAGUUCAUGGCGGGGUUGUUAUGCUAACCCAAUCCAGAUCAAUGGCCCGCCAUUCCAUGGGAUCAGUUAUUCGACAACCCCACUGAAGCCACCCCUGGCUGGAGUUUUUUGCAGGAUGCGCGGACCCGGUGGCCCGUGGCUGGGUGCAGCUGGCUGCUGGACUGGAUUGUGCAGGAACCCGCCAUGGCCUGCACCUUUACCACCCAGGGGGAGGUCAGCGGCCCCAAGAUCCAGAAGUAUUUCCAGCAGGUGGCCUAGUUCAAGGAGAAGCUGGUGGUGG